AGUGUUCAAUAAAAGAAAAGAAUAAAACGAAUAAAAUGAUUUUAAUAUGAGUUCAAAUUGUGGUUGAUGAAACUGAGAAAUGGGUUGAAGUUAAAGGGUAAAGUUGCAGGUUAGGGAUGUCACCACACAAAUCCCUAGCCCUAGUUCCUUACUAUUUUAGAGUUUUAGUGUUUUAUCCAUUUUGUUUUAAAAUUUAUAGAUUGUAUUUUUUUUGGUUGGGUCAAUGGUUCAUUGGGUUGGAUUAAUGUUUAGAUUAAGUUUCAUUAUACACAAAUGUUACGUGAUCAUUUUGUCCUAAUUAUUUGGAGUUUAAAUCCUAUCAUGUAUGGGUAAUUUCAGAUUUAUUUUAGUUUAGGUCUGAGGAUACUUUGAUUUUUAGUUUAUUGUGCUUUGUAUUGAGUUGAUUCUAGUUCAAAUUGAUAAGACAUACUAUUUGUGAUUUGUACUUAAACUUGUGAUUGUACCUGGAAUUGUACUUGUAUCACCAAAAAUUAUAUAAAAUAUAAAUCAAAUUUAAUGAUUCAAGACUUAAUUUCAGACCCAUGGAUGUGAUAGGAUUGCACUAUCUCCAGGCCUAACAACAAGGUCAAAGGCCAAGAAGUCUAAAGUUGGAAUCAUUACACUCAACUACGAAACUUUCAAGAUGAAGCCCUAAGAGGAUAUAAAGUCGAUGUCCGAUCGGUUUACAAUCAUCAUAAAUGGAUUGAUGUCUCAUAGAAAGAUUUAUCCAAAUGAAGAGGUGGUAAGGAAGAUGCUUCGAAGCGUACCUAAAUCGUGGGAAGCCAAUGUGACUACAAUUGAAGAAGCACAGAAUUAAGAAAUAUUGACUUUGGAUAAGCUCAUCGGUUCUUUCCUUACACAUGAGAUGAGCUUCAACGAAGGGUCUGAAGAAUAAAAAGAUAUGAAGAAGAAGGUUGGUUUUGCUCUAAAAUUCACCACAAAUGAAUAUAGUGAAUCAAGUGAAGAGGUAUGAAGGCAAAGAGAUGGAGAUUUUUACUAAGAGAUUCAAGAGGUUCAUGAAGUCCGAUAAAGGAAGAAGAUUACAAAAGAUUGAGGAAUUGAAGUUUGAAUCUACCAAGGAGAAAGAUCCCAUUAUUUGCUAUGAGUGCAAGAAACUGAGACACAUCAAGUUUGAUUGUCCUCAAUGGAAGAAGAAAGGAUCAAGAAAACAAAAGCUUAAAGCUAAUGUGGCUAUUUUGAGUGAUGAGAAUUCCUCCGAUGAUGAAGAUCAAGAAGUAGCCAACCUAUGCCUUAUGGCCAUCAACGAUUCUAAGACGUAACAUCGAGUGGAUUUUGUUCCUUUGGAGGAUUUUUCUUUUUUCUGAGAUAUCUCCAUUUGUACUUCUUUUUAGAAGUUUUUGGAACAAAUUGCUUCAGCUUUCGGAAGUGUUUUAUCAAA